AUGAUGCUUCCAGCAUGCUUGCAAAAGCGCUGGAAGCAGCCCUGGCCGAAGACUGCCCGUGUAGUGCCUGCAGGCACGCUGCUCUGCGCAGUAAACGAGCGUGCUUCCAACAAGUGUUUCGAGCCAAUAUUCUUUGAUGACGAAAUGCUCGGCGUGCUUCCCGCAGACGCAGAGGUUCCCGAUUGUCCCAACGACUCGAGCCCCGGCACGCCGGCAGUACAGAGGCCACCAGAGACUAAUUCGAAGAGCAACAGAAGUUCUUGCAAUCUCCUAGAUUCAGCGGAGACUUUGCAGCGCGAGCGGGCUCUCGUGGAACUGGAAGAGUUCAACAGGACACUGGUGGCUACCCGUGCUUCAAUGCAGGGUGUUUCUUCAGAGCUGGCAGCUUUUCUUUCGAGUACCGAGCACGAUCUGGUCGAGGCUCGUAUCGGCUUCCGAGCCGCCACAUCCAAGGUUCAAGAGCUGCAGGAAGGCAUGUGCGACUUGCAGAAACAGGUUGUCCUGAAAGAGAAGGACGCGCAUCGGUGGGAAACGGAGUGCCGCAGGCUGUCCCAGAAACUCCGUUCUCUCGAGGAGAUGCUGGCUGCUCAGCGUGGUGAGCUUAUGGCCUCUGAGGUCUGCCGGUUGCAGGCGAUUCGGGAAGCCAGCGUUCAUGAGGAGCGCCAUGAACUGGCCUUGAUGCAGAUCGCAGACGGUGAGAGGGAGCGCGAGUCUUUGGAGCUGGCCAACAUGUUGCUGAAGGCAGAGUACGAUGACUGUCUGAACGAGAGACAGGAGCUCCUUGCACAGAAAACCUGUUGUGUUUGCAUGCACUCCCUGCGCUGCGUGGUCCUGCGCCCCUGCUCUCACUUCGCGCUGUGCACGGAGUGCGCAGAGCGGAUUUCCAGUUGUCCAAUGUGCAGAGUUCCAGUGGAACACAGAAUCGUUGUGAUGUUGUCCUGA